UAUGCUAACGCCAUAGAGUCAGCUGUUUUGUCGUUAGCUUGCUGCUGUCCUACGGUAUAGCAUCCUCGGCGUUUCUCACUUUGUGGCGAUUACCUGACAGCACCCUUAGCACAGAUGUAAGAAAGGGCAUUUUAUUUUCUUAGAUUAAUUUGAUGGCGAUGCAUUAACAUGUGGCUGAGUCAUCUGUUAAUGUCAGCAUUCUGUUCCACAAUGAGGUGGCAGCAGAUGUAGAAAGAGCAGACGUUUCUCUUGGGGUCUCCUUCAUGCCUGAUUUCGCACUGAUUGGUUGAAUGUUCAGUGUGGCCAUAGUUCAUGACAGAUAAAGUGCUGACAGAUAAAGAAUGGUCAAGGUUCAACGUUGGAGUAAGCUGAGAUGACUCAUGGUUGCACCCACUGGAACAUUCUGAGUAAGUGAGGCGCAUCUGCCAAACGAUGAAGUGUGCCAGAGAGAGGAAGUGAAAGAAGAAGGCCUUUGUUGUUGCAGCCCAUCUGUUCAUAUCAACCCCCCCUCCCGGCCUGAAAGCCUCCAUCCUGCAGCCAUGCAGAUCAACCCAGCGUACCUGGAGUCCACUGUCGUCCUGGCAGUGGUGCUGUGUGUCCACAUGGUGGUCUGGAACCAGCACUCCUGGUGCAGCAUAGCCCUCUUCAUCCAGGCAUUCUACGUGCAGCAUAAAUGGGACCGUCUGCUCAGGUCCGGCGGUGCCGUGUUCCAGUUUCGCCCCGCAGCAAACAGCGGCAUCGUGCCGGCCUCCAUGGUGAUGCCCUUGCUGGGUUUGGCACUGAGGGAGAAGUGCUCCGCCUCAGGGAACGUGUACUUUGAGCGCUUCUCCAUGGUGGUCACCAUCACAGGCAUGAUGCUGGCUCUGUUCCUUUCCCUGAUUGCACUCGGCAUCACGAGACCCGUUCCCACAAACACAUGCGUGAUCGCCGGCUUGGCAGGCAGUGCAAUUCUCUACACGACCAAACAGACACUGACCGUUUCUGAGGUCAUCGAGGUGUUGGAGGUGCUUUUGAUUUUCGUUUAUCUCAGCCUGAUUGUGCUUUAUUUGUUGCCGCGCUGCUUCACCCCCGGAGAGGCGCUCCUCAUUGUCGGUGGAAUCAGUUUCAUCGUCAACCAGCUCAUCAAGCGCUCCCUGAACCUGGCAGAGGUCAAAGGCGACCCAGUGAAUUAUUUCCUGCCAGUGGUCGUGGUGGGCUCACUGUUGCUGGGCGUCUUCUUCGCUCUGCUCUUCUGUUUCAUGGAGUCGGAGACCUGGGUGUCGUCGCUCUUCUUUCACAUGAUGACAGCCGUACUGGGUCUGGGAAUCCUCAUGCCGUGGCUCUCCCUGUUCAUCGGUCGCCACCCCAUCAUGUGGCUAUUGGACUUCCUCACACUGAAUGAAAGGAGACUCUGUCUGCUGGCCUACUGGGUGCUACUGGCUGUGGUGGCCACCUGCGUCGUAUUGCAUCAAAACUACCAGCGCCAGUCCGGCUCCAAGAAGCACCAGGCCUCGACCGUUGUCAGGAAGUACUUCCACCUGAUUGUAGUGGCCACGUACGUUCCGGGGCUGAUCUACGACAAGCAGCUUCUCCACGUGGCGUCUGUGGGUUGCCUGGCGGUUUUCCUGUUACUGGAGUAUGUGCGUUACUUCCGCAUCAGGCCUCUGGGUCAGCUGCUCAGGCAGCUGCUCACCUUGUUCCUGGACGAGCGGGACUCCGGGCCUCUCAUUCUGACCCACAUCUACCUGCUGUUGGGGAUGUCAUUGCCCUUGUGGCUGUUCCCCGGCCUCUGUGCCCCUAAGGGCAUACUCACCGGCGCCGGCGGGCUGGUGCCUUAUGCAGGGGUGCUGGCUGUGGGCGUCGGAGACACUGUGGCGUCUGUGUUUGGCAGCACCAUGGGGGAAAUCCGUUGGCCCGGCACUAAGAAAACUAUGGAGGGGACUGCAACCUCUGUGUUUGCCCAGAUCAUCGCCGUGGCCAUGUUUCUCAUCUUUGAUGGGAGCAUUAAUCUCAACUCCACCUACUCGUGGAUUGUUGGCUCUAUCACUCUGGUGGCCAUGUUGGAGGCCUACACCUCCCAGAUAGACAACCUCCUACUUCCUCUCUACCUCUUUAUCCUGCUGUUGCUUUGAAUGGACAGAUGGCACAAACAAACCCCCGUCCUGCUCUUUAUCCUCAACCCUGUCCUAAGGGAAGCAAGCAAUGAAAGCUUUUAAAGGAAUCAGAGGAACUAGUCUCAUUUUUACUAGUACCCGAAAUAGUGACAAGCUGAUAGCUUAAUAAAGCCAAGUAAAUAUAUGUGGCACUAUAAACAAAACCUCCAUCAUUCUUAAUUUGACAGCAGAGCUGAUGUUAGCAUGACAUUCAAGUCUGCCAUCUUCCGAUCACAAGUCACUUCAGAAUCACUUGUUUUGAGACGAGAGGUCGUUACGUAAGAAGAGUCGCUACACAUUCUUUGAGCAGGUGUGAGGUUUCUCUGCACGUCACCGGGGACUCAACAAUAACGGCUCCUGAAUUAUGCAACAGGAGGUUCGUUCUAGCAAAGCAGGAGAACAACUGAACAUCUACAGACGCUGCAGCUGCAGCAAACGGCACAUUCUGACGAGCAGCGACGCUUUCCUUCUCUCGCAAAUGCCUUCGAAGAACAUUAUUUAAAGUUGGCUUCUUGAUACGUUUUUCAUUGUUAAAAUAUGAUUUUGCCUCGCUGACGGCAAUAAGAAGGACUUUCUGAAAGUAUUUGCCUUAAGAAGUAUAUUUUCUAUCACGCAUUACUGUUGUAGAUGCUGGAGAUCAACGCACGGCAGCCCCUCGUCACUCUUUAUAAGGGCUGCUUUAUACUUCUAUUGCAGAAACUCACUAUGCUCCUGCAUGACACCAAUGUGACAUCCAGUACUGUACCGUGUGUGCAGGUAUACUCUAGUAUUUGCUUGGUAAAUGUGCGUACUGUCUGUUGAUGGGACCCUUAAAGGUAAAUGUAAAAUGUACAUUUUCUUUUGUGAUACUGAGCCCUCGAGGUCUGUAGAUAUGCUUUGGGCCAAACUGAUGAACAUGUUUUUUUGUUUUGUUUUUUUUAAAUCAUUUUUUAAGUCAUGUGUCCAUAUUCGUUAUGCGUCAUAGAAACUUUUCCACAGAAUAUCAUUUACUUAUUCUGAGGUGAUGCUACCAGUUGAUAACCUAAGGCUUGUUUUCAGCAUGAAUUAAGAGCCACUUCCUAUGUUGUGAUGACAGUUUAUUAGCAUGAUCUUAUACGUCCAUUGUUUUCCCCUCGCAUCACUCCUACAGUACAUUUUUAUAAAUGUAACAUUGCAUGUGCAUCAGAGGAGAACAGGAUAAGUAACAAGCCUCCUAGUUUGAGUGGGUUUCUUUAAAGCUCACCUUCUUGGACAUGGGACCUGUGUGAAUCUGUGAGUGGUGCUCUCUGCCUUCUCCGUUCAUUUUGACAAUGAACAUUUUGAAUGUUGUAAGUGAAAAGUCAUAAACAGGUUAAAAAAGAGAGUUGUCUUCAUUUGCUUUUAGUCUUACAAUAUUACUGUGCUUGUGUAAAAACAGGACUCGUUUUAAACCUACUUUAACAGAAUGAUUAGAAUAAUGCUGGUUGGUGAUGAUUAAAAGUACAUCAGAAUA